GUUCAAUGUCUGGCUCCUAUUAUAAUUUGCAAUGACAGUGCUACCCUUUUCAGUCUACACUGGGUUAAAGGCAGAUAUUGUGCAGCCUGUCCCUCUCCAAAACAGAUGGAGCUGCUGAGCUGAUUGGGGCAUGUUUGAGCUAUCAAUUAUGCCUUCCUGGUCAAGAAAUCCUCAUAUCCUCUUCAGAUAAAAAGGAAUAUUACAUUUACUCGGUGAAGCAUUUUCUGAACACUGUGAGAAAGCACCAGGAAGACAAACAGUGAUAUAUUCAAGAAUGGAUCCAGAACAAGUAGACUAGUCUAAAAUGAUACUUCAGCAAUCAUUCAGGAUACACCCAAAAUUAAAUUCUAAGAAGCAGUAAAAAGAAACUCAGAAAAUGAAGAUUCCACUCUUUCCUAAGCUAGCAACUGAAUGCUCCCUGUGGCUCUGGUUAAAAGAGAGAAGAGAAUCCCGGAAAUUGGUUUUACUGGUUGUGUUUGUGGCUCUGCUAGUAGACAAUAUGCUUUUCACAGUGGUGGUGCCAAUCAUCCCUUCUUUUCUAUAUGCCACACACAAAAAUAUCAGCCACUCUGCAAUUCGGGCCACAGCUCUUGUGCCUUUCUCAACCAAUCCCUCUGUCUUGGGCUUCUUGGACUAUGACAAUAUCACAAUGACAGUCUCAAGCCACGAUGCUCUAACCAGUGUCACUGGGAGCCAAGAAGGAACGGUUGCCCCUCAUUUCCCCAUGGAUGCUUUGAACCACAGCUGUACAGAUAGAACGGAUUCUCUUUCAGAGGAAAAUGUUCGCGUUGGGCUGCUCUUUGCCUCAAAAGCUUUGAUGCAGCUCCUAGCAAAUCCCUUUGUGGGACCCUUGACCAACAGGAUAGGAUACCACAUCCCCAUGUUUCUUGGAUUUGUUAUUAUGUUCGUCUCUACGCUCUUGUUUGCUUUUUCCAGGAGCUACACCUUGAUGUUCAUCGCUCGCGCCCUGCAAGGCUUUGGUUCUGCCUGCUCAUCUGUUGCAGGUCUGGGGAUGCUUGCAAGUGUGUAUCCCGAUGACUGUGAGAGGGGAAAUGCAAUGGGAAUAGCAUUGGGAGGUCUGGCUUUGGGAGUGCUUGUGGGAGCUCCAUUUGGAAGUGUGAUGUAUGAGUUUGUUGGGAAAUCAUCUCCUUUUCUGAUUCUGGCAAUCUUGGCUCUCUUAGAUGGAGCUUUGCAGCUUUGUAUCCUGCAUCCAACGAAGAUUUCACCUGAGAGUAUCAAAGGAACCUCCUUGUUGACCUUGUUGUGGGACCCCUAUAUUUUGAUUGCAGCAGGUUCAAUUUGCUUUGGAAACAUGGGAGUUGCUAUUUUGGAGGCUACCUUGCCCAUAUGGAUGAUACAAACCAUGUGCUCCCCAGAAUGGCAACUGGGGAUAGCUUUUCUGCCUGCCAGUAUCUCUUAUCUAAUUGGGACCAAUCUCUUUGGGAUACUGGCCAAUAAAAUGGGGCGCUGGCUGUGUUCAUUGAUUGGGAUGAUGGUCAUAGGAGUCAGCCUCCUCUGUAUUCCCCUGGCUCAGAAUAUCUACGGACUCAUUGGACCUAACAGUGGACUUGGUUUGGCCCUUGGCAUGGUGGAUUCGUCAAUGAUGCCUAUCAUGGGGUACUUGGUGGAUCUUCGCCACACGUCUGUUUAUGGCAGCGUCUAUGCCAUUGCUGACGUGGCUUUCUGUCUGGGCUUUGCUAUUGGUCCCUCCACAGGGGGCGCUCUAGUAAGAGCCAUUGGCUUCCCUUGGCUCAUGGUCAUCAUUGCAGGCAUCAACCUCGCAUAUGCGCCUCUGUGUUGGUUUCUACGGAGCCCCCCAGCCAAAGAGGAGAAGAUUGCGAUUCUAAACCAGGAGUGUACUGUGCAAUCCAGACGUUCCAUUACUCAAAAGACACUUCCAGAGUUUCCACUCACAGACAACAGCGAUGAAGAAAAUGAGACUGAUUUCUAAAAAGAGGGAUCCACCUCUCCCUUUCUUUUUCUCUCUCUUUCAAAUCCUCUUCUAUUAACUGUAUCCUGUAUUUUUUUUCCUGGCAAAGUCCAUUGUUGUAGCUUGCGGAGUGACCAAAUAAGAAGAAUCUUUGAGACCUUUCUUUCAGAAUUUUAGGGCUGUAAGCUCUCUGUUUAUUUAGGGCAGGGGUCUU